UUCGGAACGUGGCACAGUUCUGACGUCUCACCGAUACCUGCUCCAGAAUGCUAGCGACUUGCGUUGUACAUCCAAUGGACGUAUUGAAGAAUCGUAUGCAAAUGCACAGUGGUGGGACAUCGAUUCCCUCUUUGAUAAAAACCAUUCUGACCGAAGAAGGGUUUACAAAAUGUUAUCGGGGCUUGUCAGCUGGUUUGGUACGUCAGGCGACCUACACAACGGCGAGAUUAGGGAUUUACAAUCAGCUGAUGGACACCUGGAAAGUAAAUCAUCACUCUCCGCCAAAUUUUAUGGUACUUUGCACGAUGGGAAUGAUAGCCGGAGUUUGCGGUGCUUUCGUUGGGACCCCAGCGGAAAUUGCGCUGGUGAGGAUGUCAUCUGACGGAAGACUUCCAAGCGAUCAAAGAAGAAACUAUAAGCACGUCUUCGAUGCAUUCGUAAGAAUUUACAAGGAGGAAGGUGUCGCAGCGCUGUGGAGAGGUUGUGUGCCGACAAUGGGAAGAGCGGCUGUUGUGAACGUAUCGCAAUUGGCCACUUACAGUCAAGCUAAGAAAAUGCUGGGGAAUAAAUGGAAUAUCAAAGAGGGGAUUCCUCUUCAUUUUUGGGCGUCGAUGAUAUCUGGUCUCGUCACAUCGUUCAACUCGAUGCCUUUCGACAUCGCUAAGACCAGAAUUCAGAAUCUAAAAGUUGCGGUAAAGGCUCCUUCGAUGAUCAGUGUAAUGUCAAAAACCGCGCAACAGGAGGGAAUAUCCGCCCUGUGGAAAGGAUUUCUCCCAACAUACUGCAGGAUAGGACCACAUACCGUUCUUACGUUUAUGAUAAACGAGCAGCUUUCCAAAAUAUCUAAGCGACACGUUACCUGA